AUGGUCGACGCCCAGACUGGCGACGCUGUAUACGCGCAAAUCGGCAAGUUGCGCGAGAUCGCCAAGAGCAAGCACGUCGACAUUCCAGAGAACGCCUACGCAGCUACUAGUGAUAUCGCUACUGCACUCCUUUCGUCUAACGGUGACGAAGACGCUGCCAUGAAGAAAAUCACAGCCAAGUUUGGGCGGAACAAGCGUUCCCUGCCCUCCGAAAUGAGUCAGAGCAACAAGAAGAGCAAGCAUGGAGGAGAGAACGGGGGUGACGAGAGCGAGCCGGCCACUGCUGGGUAUGCGUACGCAGCAGUGUCAAAGGACGAAAUUGAGGGCGGCGGCGAAGAGGAGUCCAUGCCCCCCCACAAGACCAUUCGUCUCGUGGAAGAAGUGCGCGAGCAGAAGGCCAAGAACCCGGACAACCAGAAGAUCGUGGACGCGUUUGCCAAGUACGGCGAGGAGCAACUCGACCGAGGGCACACGGGCAAGGGCGUCUCGCAUUUGCGUGCCGCACUCCACAUCCGCGAUCACCCGAACGCGAUUACUUCGGCCAAGGACGCGCGCGCCGUCCCCAUGGUGGGGGUCAAGAUCGCGUCCCAGAUCGAAGAAGUGCUCGUGACCGGCAAGCUGAAGGACCAAACUGGCGACCAGAACGUCAGCACCGACGUGGACGACCACCAGCGGCCGCAGCUUGUGGUGGAAAUCCACAACUCGCAAGCCAAGUGCUCGGAGAACGAAAAGCUGGUGGCCGAGCUGACUAAGUUCGGAGAGCACGAGCUCUACUUCGGCAGUCCCGGCAAGGGAACGAGUCACCUGCGCGCUGCGCGUGAGAUUCAACUCGCAGAGCAAGAGAUCAAGUCGGGCUCGACGGCUCGUACGAGUGUCCCGCUGGUCGGUGAUGUGAUUGCCGACAAGAUUGACCAGAUCCUGAAGCACGGACGCAUUGUGAAGGACACCGGUGAGACUGCCGGAAGCCGAAGCUGCUCGCGGGACAGUGGCGGUGGUUAUACGCUGGCUCCGAUCGUGAAGGACUUGCGUGAGAAGCCUGCUGUCUGCCCGGACAAUCAGAAAAUUGUCGAUGCGCUGGUCGACUACGGCGACAGCCACUUGUACUCGGGGCACCGGGGCAAGGGCAUCUCGCACUUGCGUGCAGCUCAACACAUUCGAGACUCCAAGACGGCUGUCAAGUCCGGGAAGCAAGCGAGCCAGGAGAUCGACAUGGUGGGGCAGCGCAUCGCUACCAAGAUCGACCAGAUCAUUGACCAAGGACAUGCUGACAGCGACGAAGAUUACGAGUAUGACGAAGGCGAAGUGGAGGAGGAGGAAGGGAGCGAGUAUGGCGAGCGUGAGCGCGACUCGGUGGUGCCUCCGAUUGUGAUGGACGUCUGCAGCAAGAGUGCCAAGGUCGAGAAGAACCAACUGCUGGUGGACGCUUUGGUGGAGUACGGCGAGGAGCAACUGUACAAGCGCCACACUGGCCGAGGCACGGCGUUCCUGCGGGCAGCGCGCCGCCUGCGAGAUGCCGACGUGGCUGUCAACAACGGCAAGGAGCUCAAGGCGCUGGGCAGAAUUGGCGACAGGGUUGCAGACCGUGUCGACAAGAUGCUGGCCGCCAAGUGA